GUGAUGCAACUUUUAAGGGACUUAGCUGGAAGGAUGCUUGCUGGCCCAAAGGGAGUUGGAACAGGCUUUAAACUUCUCCUCGGUGCUGGUGCACUUGCUUAUGGCUUAAAAGAAUCUCUGUUCACAGUGGAUGGUGGGCACAGAGCUGUGAUGUUUAAUAGAAUAGGAGGAGUUUCCAUGACUACAGUCCUAACUGAAGGCCUCCACGUAAGAAUUCCAUGGUUUCAAUAUCCAGUUAUUUAUGAUAUCCGAGCAAGGCCAAGGAAAAUCUCCUCUCCUACUGGAAGCAAAGAUCUGCAGAUGGUAAACAUUACUCUCCGCGUUCUUUCUCGGCCAACUGCAGCAAAGUUACCAAUGUUGUACCAGCGUCUGGGGCUGGACUAUGAAGAGAAAGUGCUGCCCUCUAUAGUUAAUGAAGUACUAAAGAGCGUUGUGGCCAAGUUCAAUGCUUCCCAGCUGAUAACCCAACGAGCUCAGGUGUCAUUGCUGAUUCGCCGUGAGCUGAGAGAUAGAGCGAAUGACUUCAAUAUUAUCCUGGAUGAUGUUGCUAUCACAGAGCUUAGUUUUGGCAGAGAGUACACAGCGGCUGUGGAAUCUAAACAAGUUGCCCAGCAGGAGGCACAGAGAGCCCAGUUCCUUGUUAUAAAAGCCAAGCAAGACCAAAGACAGAAGAUUGUGCAGGCAGAGGGUGAAGCUGAAGCAGCCAUCAUGCUUGGAGAGGCUGUUACCAAACAUCCUGGUUACUUGAAGCUACGUCGAAUCCGAGCAGCUCAGAAUAUUGCAAAGACGAUUUCCACAUCUUUGAACAGAGUUUACUUGAAUGCUGAAAGUCUUGUGUUAAACCUUCAAGAUCUAAAUUUUGACAAUUUAAGGAUGCAGCCACCUGUAGGCAAGAAGUAAAACACAAAAUGUAGAACUUGAUCCCUUUUGAGAAGACUACAGAAAAACGUCAUGUUAUUUGUCUACGGAACUGAGAUGGGACAUUGCAGAAAAAAGUAAAGGAGAAGUAUUAUCGUCUGGAGUGUAAUGUUUUUGAAUUCUAUUGAAAUAACAUGCCAUGGAUAUGAUGUACCAUCCUUCAGGACACUCCUGUACUUGUCAAAAGUUUGCAGCUUUUCCCCCAAUUAUUGCAAAGGACCAAUAAACACUUUUGGGAUG